AGGAGGAGGAGGAGGCGGGCGGGCUCGUCGUUGGCUUUCGAGACUUCACGUUGGGACUUGACUGGCUUUUCUUUUGGGCGGGACUUUGAAUGGCUGGAUAGGCACACACACACAGAGGCCGGCCGGACGGACGAAGCCUGGCCUCAGAGGGAAACGGCUCCUCCCUAAAACGGGGCAGGGGGCCGGCACUGGUCUCUCGCUCUCUCUCGCUCUUUUUCUCCGCGGAGAGGAAGCGCUGCAGGCCUGCCAUGCCGUCCGUCCGGAGGGAGACCCGCCGCCCCCGCUCGCCGCUGCUUCUGGCACUGCUGGUGAGCUGCGUGGCUUGCCAGGCCCCGCCGGUGCCGGCCUCGGAGGAGGAGGCCUGGGACGGGCAGGACGUGCAUGUGGAGCGGAGCGAGGUGCCCCCUCAGUGCCCGCGCAGCGCCCGCGCAGGAGACUUCGUGCGCUACCACUACCUCGGCGCCUUCCCCGGCGGGGCCCAGUUCGACUCCAGCUAUGAUAGAGGCUCCACAUUCAACGUGGUUUUGGGUAAAGGUCAACUUAUUGCUGGAAUGGACAAAGCUCUGCUUGGCAUGUGUGUAAAUGAGAGGCGGUUUGUAAAAAUUCCACCCCAUCUUGGAUAUGGAAACGAAGGGGUUGCUGGUGUAGUUCCUCCAAAUUCAAUACUGCAUUUUGAUGUGCUUAUGGUGGACAUUUGGAAUUCUGAAGAUCAAGUUCAGAUUCAAACUUACUAUACACCAGAAAAUUGUACAAGAACAAUCCAGGUGUCUGAUUUUGUAAGAUACCACUACAAUGGGACAUUUCUUGAUGGAACACUAUUUGAUUCAAGUCAUAACAGGAUGAGAACAUAUGACACCUAUGUGGGAAUCGGCUGGCUCAUCCCUGGUAUGGACAAAGGUCUCCUUGGAAUGUGUGUAGGAGAAAAGCGUAUAAUCACAGUACCACCAUUCCUGGCAUAUGGAGAAGAUGGAGAUGGUAAAGAAAUCCCUGGACAAGCUUCUCUUGUCUUUGAUGUGGUUCUGCUAGACCUUCACAACCCCAAAGACACGAUCACUGUGGAAAAACAAUAUGUGCCUGAAUCCUGUGAGCGCCAAAGCCAAGUUGGGGAUUUCCUAAGAUACCAUUAUAAUGGCACACUACUGGAUGGCACAUUGUUCGAUUCCAGUUAUUCUCGGAACCGAACAUAUGAUACAUACAUUGGGAAAGGUUAUGUGAUUGCUGGGAUGGACGAAGGCUUGCUUGGCGUAUGCAUUGGAGAGAAGAGGAGAAUAACAAUCCCACCUCACCUUGGGUAUGGAGAAGAGGGAAGAGGAAACAUUCCAGGAUCUGCUGUGCUGGUCUUUAACAUCCAUAUAAUAGACUUCCACAACCCUUCAGAUUCUGUUGCUAUUACCACCCAUUACAAACCCAGCAACUGCUCAGUUUUGAGCAAAAAAGGUGACUACUUGAAGUAUCACUAUAACGCCUCGCUCCUAGAUGGUACUUUAUUAGACUCAACGGUUAGCCUUGGGAAAACUUAUAAUAUAGUUCUAGGUUCUGGGCAAGUUGUAUUGGGCAUGGAUAUGGGUCUCAGAGAUAUGUGUGUUGGAGAGAAAAGGACAGUUAUUAUUCCUCCCCAUCUUGGUUAUGGAGAAGCUGGAGUUGAAGGAGAAGUCCCAGGUAGUGCUGUAUUAGUUUUUGACAUUGAACUGCACGAUUUGGUAUCUGGAUUACCAGAAGGUUACAUGUUUGUAUGGCAUGAUGAAGUCUCCCCCAAACUCUUUGAAGAAAUUGAUAAGGAUAACAACGGAGAGGUUCUUCUUGAAGAGUUCACUACCUAUAUCCACGAACAAGUACAAUCUGGAAAAGGAAAGCUAGCUCCCGGUUUUGAUUCUGAAACUAUCGUGAAAAAUAUGUUCACUAAUCAGGACCGGAAUGGUGAUGGCAAGAUCACAGCUGAAGAAUUCAGACUGAAAGACCAGGAGCCAAAGGAGCAUGAUGAACUGUAGGAGAGGUUUUUUAUGUUUAUAAGUGCUGAACUGCUGCUAGAGGGUAUGCAGCACAGAAAUGGUUUGAAUUAUGUGUUCAUACCUUAAAGCAAAUUCACCUGUUUCUGUGUGAACUACAGGUUAAGUCAAAGGUAUAUAAUGGAAAACCUUUCUUUCAUGGCAUCUGUAUUGUGCAUUAUGAAGUGCCUCCAAAUUGGUUUUAGUGACUUUUAGAAGUUAGAAGUACACCAUUUGAAACAUAGAAUUUCUAGAGAAGGUACCCAGGGUACAGGAUUAAUUAAAAAUUGUCUGUGCAUCUUGCACUGUUGGUACUCUUCAACCAUAUGCUCCUGUAUCACAGAUGUUCAUAAUCUAGUGUUUAAUACAGAUUCCUAGGAUAUGCUCAACUAACAAAGUAUUUAUUUUUGCUUAGUAAAAAGAAAUCCUUUUUGAGGGAAAUCCCCCUGCUAACCAUUUUGAAAGUCAGUGCUCAACCUGUAUAUCACCAGUCAAUAAGAAGUUGUACUGGUACCAGGGCUUUAUGCUUGUCUUGAUAUUAGCAGCAACAAGUAUAAAAUAUUUUAUAUAAAGUCUGCAAAAAAGUGCUCAUCCUUUCGAUGAGGGUACAGAAAGUGUUUCAAUCACUUUUGGGCUGUUUUUGUGACCAUCAUGCUCCCCAUAGCCAAAUUUCUUACCUUCCAAUGCUUCUUGGAGGCAAAUUGGUCCUUGAGACCAUUUAUGGGACAGUAGAUGUUCCCCCACAAAACCCAAGUAACUUCCUAUUGGAAAAAAAAACCCUCUGCUGACCUUGAAAAGAUACAGAGAGGACCAGAAACAGAAACAUGUUUUUCACACAUACUAUGAAUCAUUGGGUAUCUGAACGACAAACAUUUUUUUCAGGGAAAUGCAGGUCUUCAUGGUCCUCUGUUGGAGCACUGGGCCCCCCCUUAAACUGUUUCAGUUUUGCACUUCUCUCACGAUUUUGCUAAAUCAUGGGCCCUAUCUAUACUGCCAGUAUAAUAUAGAUUGAACUUCAUUAUAUGGUCAUUGUAGACUCAUAUAAUCAAACGCAAUGCAGUUAAAUCUGCACUGUAAUGGCAAUGUAGAUGCAGUGUUUACAUGCACAUAACAGGAGAAAGUCGAAAUCUGAAAUGCACUGUAAAGAUAUCACAUUGUGCAUAACAGAUGGUAGCAACAUAUAAAACAUGUGACUAUCCAUCUACUUAUGGAGUAGUAACCAAAAAUAGAUUGAGAAAUUUAUUAUAAUUGAUCUUCAGAUUAAAUUUCACACCUCAUCUGCAUUUUGUAGAUGGGAUUAACCUUUAAAGCAAUGGCAAAAAUUAUGGGAAAGGAACAUAAAUUCACACACGGGCACUAAUGAAAAUGGACAGUUUCUUUCCUAGGGUAGUGAGAGUUCCUCUAACUUAGAAUGGUGCUAGCUUUAAACUUGAGACAAGCAUUUAAAAUUGUUUUUUUUAUUUUACAGAAAGUAAAGUUCUGGUUUUUUAAAACAUAUUUUGUAAUACUAAUAAUGCCACAAGGAUUUGUCAAAUGUGAUAACAUGCUGUUAUUUUUAUUAAAUAAAAUAUUGACAAAAACCUUG